CACAUUUCAAAGAUUGCGUUACACCAACUGCAUGUGUUAUGAGGCUGAACUUUAAGUUCAAAAAUCUUUUUGGGACAGCCUACAAAUGUGGAUCUCUUGUUUUCACGAACAAUGGUUUGGGUCUUUUGAGCCCAGUGGGCAAUCAGAUAACAGUUUUUGAUCUUAAAAAAGAUGAAGUGGCGUCUAUUGAUAUCUCAUCGUUUCAUGAUGUACGAAUCUUGGCAUUAUCUCCUUCAAUGCCUAUACUAGUUGCCAUUAAUGAUAUUGGCGAUGCAUGUUUAUGUUCACUUUCCACAGGAGCUGUGGUAUCAGUGUAUCCUUUCAAGGGGGUGGUUUCGGCAGUUUCAUUCAGCCCAGACGGAAAGUUCCUCGCUAUUGGAAAGGGUAAUAAUGUACACAUUUUCUUCGCACCUUCUCCGAGCCGCCAGUUCAAUCAUUUAGAACUCUACCGUGUGUUUUACGGUUUCACGGAUAGCGUUACUUGUAUAGAUUGGUCAUGUGAUUCUAGGUUUUUCGUAGCUGGAUCUGUUGAUUCCACUAGCCGGUUAUUUUCGGUGUACAAUAUACCCAAGAUAUUCGUUUACACACUAGCCGGGCAUAAAAACCCCGUUGUGGGGGCAUUCAUACUUCCUAACUUUGUAAAUAUACUAACAGUCAGCUCCGACGGCCUGGUUUGUUUGUGGGAGGCAAACAUUUCGCUUGAUCAACUGAAGAGUAUUGAAGACUCAAAGCCUAUCUCACUAUUUAGGAUCGGCAAUAAAUACCAUUAUACAAACUCUAACGAUGUGCAAAUCACUAGUCCUGUUAGUGCAGUGGCAUUUCAUAAGGACUUAAAGUUGCUUGCAACAGGAUUCGAAUCAGGGUUACUUUUAUUGCAUACAUUUCCAGACUUCAUAAUAGUCAGUGAAGUAAAUCUGUUCACUAACAGCAUAAACAGUCUAACGAUCAAUCAUAAUGGUGACUGGAUUGGUGCAGGUUCAGAGCUAUUCGGACAAAUAGCUGUUUGGGAAUGGAGAUCGCAAUCCUGUUACAUGCGAGCUGAUUCGCAUUCAAAGGAAAUGACUAGUUUGGCAUACUCUCCUGAUGGGUUACAUUUAGUAACUGGAGGCUAUGAUAAUAAAGUGAAGGUAUGGCGUAUAUCUGGUGGAAGGUCUAUUGUAACCUUUACCGAGCAUACAGCCGGUGUAACUGGAGUUGCCUUCCCAGCUCAGAAUUCCAAAGUCGUUCUGUCGGCCAGUUUGGAUGGGACUGUUCGUGCUCACGAUUUGAUUCGCUACAGGAAUUUCCGUACCUUUACUGUUCCUACUCGUCGCGUCCAGUUCUCGUCAUUGGCCGUUGACACACGUGGCUCUCUUGUUGCAGCUGGAGGUUUGGAUACUUUUGAAGCUUAUGUAUGGUCAAUUAAGACAGGUCAACUAUUAACCACUUUAACGGGACACACUGCUCCUAUUAGUGCACUAGCAUUUAGUCCUGCUAUUUCUGGUAUUGAUAUUGAAUUGGCUACUGUUAGUUGGGACUGCACACUUCGAUUGUGGGAUGUUACAGGCAAUUCGACUGAUGAGAACAAUUUAUCUAGUAUGGGUCUAACAAAAGAGGUUGUUAAUUUCUCCUGUGAUGCUUUAUGCGUCGCUUAUCGAGGUGAUGGUAAGCAGCUGGCUAUUUCUCUUUUGAAUGGUAACAUUGUUUUCUAUGAUCCCAAUGAAGGGGUUGAAAUGGGAACCAUAGAUGGUCAUCGAGACCUUGGGGUAGCACAGACUAGCGAGGACGACUUAGUUACCCCACGAAGAGCAGCUGAAGCUAAAAAAUUCCAAACUAUAACCUAUUCUGUUGACGGUGAACAUUUAAUAGCAGGUGGAGAUUCAAAAUAUAUAUGUCUCUACUCUGUUCCUGAUAAAUUAUUAAUGAAACGAUUCGAAGUCACAUGUAACCUUUCACUAGCUGGAGUUCAAGAGAUACACGAUCGGCGUAACUAUCUACAUCGUUUCAGUAUUGAAACGAUGAACGCCAAAGAAGCACAACGUCCUAGCUUGCGAAUCCCAUCAAGUAUUAAGGGUGAAGAUCGUAGUCGUCGCCAGUGGAGACCUGAAGUGAGGGUGUCUGCAGUUGGUUUUUCACCUACAGGUGAUGCGUUUGCAACUGCCACCACAGAAGGUAUUCUUGUAUAUUCCUUACCAUCUGCUGGGACAGGAAUUGGUAUAGGUAGUAUUUUUGGUGCUCCGGGCCGUAGCGAUAGUGGUUGGUUGUUUGAAACAUUAGGUAUUGACGAAGAGACCACUCCAUCAAACGCUCGUACUGCACUCAAUCAAGGUAGACAAGCAGAGGCGUUGGAUAUGGCUAUUCGGUUGCAGUCGCAUGAACUUGUUGAAGAAAUUAUUGAGUCAAUUCCUGUCGACCAAAUUGACUUUCUAGCCCGUCAACUUCCCAUCAAUCAGGUUGUACAUUAUCUUAUCGCUUUUCUUGCUCGUCAGUUGAGUGGACGAUCAUGUCAUGUUGAGUUAUAUAUUCGCUGGACACAUUCCAUACUCCGUUCACAUGCAUUAAACUUGCGAAGAAUAGCUGCUAAUUCAGCUUUAUCUGAGUCUACAAAUUUUAAGGAAUCAACAGACAAUAAAAAAGAGCUUAAUAAUCCAGGGUUUUUAACUUUACAAGGUGAAUGGGCAACUUGUCAAGCAAGUUUAGUUCGCUUACAAGCUAGUCUGAAUCAUGUCAAGUCUCAUCUAAUUAAACAUUGUGAAACUGUGGACAAUUUGUGGAACUAUUUCGAGAGUUUAUCCAAAUUAUAUCACGAAAAGGGUAACAAUAAUGUUCCGAAUGAAAAUGUCAUGGAAUGUAAUCUCGAACAAUAAAUUUCAUAUUACACGUAUUCUCUCCGAAAUUAUGAAAAAGCGAGUAUUUAAAACUAGCAUAACUCGAUUCGUUAAUAUACAAUCAUAACUUUGUAGAUUAUCUAUUUAUCAGGAAAUGUAUCUUCCAAACAUACUC